AUGGCAUUUAACAACACGGUACCUUUUGACAACAGUUCAAUUUCUUUGUCCGAUCACGAUGUGGCUUUCGCAGUCUUGUACUCCAUGAUCAUUGCCAUCGGCAUUCCCGCUAACUGUGUUAUAAUCACCAUUGUUCGAAAGACACCUUCAAUGCACACCACAACAAACUAUCUCCUGCUAAAUUUGGCCAUCGCCGAUCUACUGACUUUGAUACUUUGCCCUGGUAGCUACGACUAUCUUCUUACCGAAGUGCAUUUUGAUAAAACAAUUGGAGAUAUUGUCUGUAAAGUCUUCGCGGGAAAUGCAUUUGUUCCGAUCACGAUGAACGCUGCCGCCUUGACAGUUAGCACAAUAGCUGUGGAAAGAUACUUGGCGCUUGUUCGACCCUUCGAAAUUGGUUUAAGACUAACUAAAAACCGACUUCCUUACGUGGUUGCCUUAUUGUGGAUAGUAUCCGUCUCAUCCUGCGUUCCUGACUUGUUAUCAAAUACUGUGGACUCAAAUCCUCACUCAGGCUAUCCGUGCAAACGACCUUGGAGAAUUGACGAAUAUUAUCAUCACGAAGGCUUUAUAACGUUCACUUCUAUUGUCUUUGGAAUUGUUCCAACCAUCCUUGUAAUUUUCUGCUAUUUCGAACUUUUCCGUGGAUUUUUCAUCACGCAUACAAUAUGUGCAGCAGCUUUGCAAGGUUCGAGCAGCCAAGCGUUGGCAGAACGACGCUCAAAAAGGCAGCUCUUUAAGCUUCUUUUGUGGGUUAUGCUCCUAUUUUGCGUUUGCACUUUGCCAUUUUCUUUAUUCUUUAUAUAUCUAACCACUAUCGACAAAGAAACCGCUGCAAGUGACCGCCCUCGCCUGUUUUUAAUUCAUAAAACCGUUCGGUUUCUUCUGAUCGCCAAUUCAUUUUGCAACCCUCUAAUUUACGCGUUUCAAAGCUCAAACUAUCGACAGGGAUUCAAACGAAUUUUCUCCUGUAAACUGUUUCCCCAAAGAAAUGCAAGACAACACAAAGAUGACAACAUACAUAAAUAA